CUCGUGAUUCAGAGGAGAGAGAACGCUGGAUAAGGGCCUUAGAAGACACAAUCAAAAGACAUUCUCAAGCAAGAAAGGUUUUUAAUGAGUAACAUUUCAGUAGGCUCCAAGUAGUUUUUCUACUUUAGCUAGUGUAGGUUUUGAUGAUAAAAAUUUGGUUGGAAGCCUUCAAUUCUUGUCAAACUACACCAUAAUGAUCACAUACAACCAUAGUUUUACUUGUUUCUUAGCAGGAACAAUUUUUAUGGUAGAUUUAGCACAGUAAUUAAUGUGGUGUGGUCUAUUUUAUAUUUGAAUUAUAAAAUUGGCAAGGUGUGAUAUUGGUCCAUUACAUUCAUAAUGAAACUAAUAGCAUAACAUCAUGUCAUGCUACUUGCUGGGAUUGAGGAAGCAAUUAAGUACAAUAACUGUAGGAUGGGUCCCCCGGAACUGAUGCAUGCUGACUGGUUUUUGAUUCCUAUGGUAUCAGUAUUAUUUCAAUCCAUGAAAUAAAGCAACCAAAAACAGAUUUAAGCUUAAAGUUGGCUUUGUGACAGAGCCACGUAAAUGCUCCUGGAAUGGAAUUCUACCCUGUGUGACUAUCUGUUUAAGGAAACCCUUUUGAUAAAGGGUCUAAAUACAGAAUUCCCAGAAAACUAAAUGCAACUCUAACAUCAGGAAAAUUUGGAGAUCACAAUGAGCCAAGUAAAAACUAACAUAUAAUGCGCACUUUGCGAGAAUGAGCAAACAGAUAUCAAAGACAAAACAUAACUGUCAAUAAGGGUCAGGUCGACCUACAUGUAGAUCAAGUCCUUCUUUUACUUAGAAAUUCUCUUGAAGAUUUGUUUUUUAAAUUUGGUAAACAGGUAGUCAAACCUCUGCCCUUUGAAAUAUAGAAACAUGAAUAUUAAGUUUCAGACCAGAUUUUGAAAACUUCAGCCUUUUAUAAAAGCCAAAGAAUACCACUUGUUGCUAUAAUGGUAAUCUCUGUUGCUAAGAAGCCAGUCAAGGUGAAACUACAGUCUAUGUGAUCAUUGCGGUGUACUUUGACAAAAGUUGGAAAUUACCUUCUCCCUUAAUUUUAAUCUUUACAACAUGGAUCCUAUGCAGUUAGAAGCAAUUGUGUUGUUCCAGAAAAUAUCCAUGGAUACCCCUCCUGCGGAAGGUUUUUUAGCUUGAACCCCCCCACCCUUCCGGAAAUUCCAUUUUAAUGUCUCACUUUCCUUUAAAAAAUUGGGCUUUUGUAACCCCCCUCCCCUUAGGAGUUUCUGUUAACCUUCCGUUGGGUGGGUAUGGAUAUUUUCUGGAACCACACAUUAACUAUAUCAAGCUUUAGAGCAAGAUUAUUUCUGAAAGAUCAACCUUGGCUUGUAGCUAGGACAAUCACAGAACUCCUUGGAUAUGAUAUUAUUUUCUUCUUAAUUUAGAGAACAAUGGCUGGUUUUCAGACCCUAUUUGAUCCCUCUCAAGAAAAUUUAGAGCAACGCUUAGCAGAAGCUGAAGCGUAUCAGAAGAUUCUUGAACAGCAAAUCAAGGCUCUAAACACUCACAUGAGUGCUGACACAGGAGCUCACGAUUCACAGAGAUAUGCCAUUCUCAAGGAAUCAUCCACUAAAAUGCUGGAAUCAAUGAAUUGUUGUUUGAAGCACAUGUAUACAUUGAAGGAAGAAUGUGAAAAAUCAGCUGAGAGUUCUUUAACUUGUGAUGAGCCAAUGAUGCCUGUAGUCAAUGAUCAUUAUUCUGCCAAGAUGUCAAACCUUUCCCUUGACAGCAGUACAGCCGAUAACAAAGACCAGCAAGACACAGAAUCCACAGUAGAAAAAAGAACUUUGAAGCCCAGUAAGAGUGAUUCCUCACUCAAUGUUAGGGACAAAACAUCCUCAGUUUCCAGUGAUGAAGGAUAUGACCUACAACCUUCUAAAGCAACGUCAAAAUCCAACCAUGAACUCUCAACAGCUGUAAGAAAUGUUCCCUCUCACCUGCCGUUAGAAAUGCCUAAUCUACUUCCACAAGUUGGUUACUCUGUGUCACCCACCCGAGAUGGACAUGUGGUGCCAUUCACGUCAUACUCAAGUAGUGAAGAUGAAGAUGACGUGGAAUUCUUCGAUGCAGAUGAGUAUCAUGAUUUAGAAUCAGCUCCAUCAAGCUCGCCUCCCCAGAGUAACCCAUUCUCUGCAUCCAAGAAAUGGAUGGAUCGUGAUGAGUAUGAAAUAGAGGACGGGGACACAACAGGAGGAGAUCUUGAUGCAAUUGACAAACACAGUAGUGUUAUUACACAUUUGUUAUCUCAAGUGCGUCUUGGAAUGGACUUGACAAAGGUUGUUUUACCAACGUUUAUUCUUGAGAGACGAUCUUUGUUGGAAAUGUACGCAGAUUUCUUUGCACAUCCUGACCUGUUUGUUGAUAUUGUGAACUAUUCGGAUCCUAAAGAUCGUAUGGUAGCAGUCGUCAGAUGGUAUCUGUCUGCAUUCCAUGCUGGUCGUAAGGGUUCUGUAGCAAAGAAGCCGUACAAUCCUAUAUUGGGAGAGACGUUCCGUUGUUUCUGGGUGCUGCCUGAAUGUGAGACGUCAAGAACAGAGAAAUGUCAAAUCGACGGUCCAGUGCCUUGGGCUUCUGAAGAUGACGUCACUUUUCUUGCUGAGCAAGUAUCCCAUCAUCCUCCAAUUUCUGCCUUCUAUGCAGAGAACUUUAGUAAACAGAUUUCUUUCAACGCGCAUAUUUGGACCAAGUCAAAGUUCUUGGGAUUGUCAGUUGGAGUAGAAAACAUUGGACAAGGCUGUGUUUCUGUUUUGCCAUAUGACGAGGACUACGUCUUAACAUUCCCGAAUGGCUAUGGAAGAUCCAUUUUAACAGUUCCUUGGAUAGAAAUAGGAGGGAAAACGAAUAUAACCUGCUCCAAGACUGGAUAUCAAGCAAAUGUACAGUUUCAUUGUCGGCCGUUUUACGGUGGAAAGAAACAUCGGAUCACCUGUGAAAUAAUCUCCCCGGACGACAAAAAGACCUUUCUAUCUAUCACAGGGGAGUGGAACGGACAAAUGUUUGCCAAAUUUCCUGACCGAGAGGAACCUGAAUUAUUUAUUGAUACCACAACCAUGCCAACAGUGAUGAAAAUGGUUAAGAAGAUUUCCAAACAGCAAGAAAACGAAUCCAGACGAUUAUGGAAAGAUGUUACGAUUAGCUUAAAAGAAGACGAUGUAGAAAAAGCAACCGCCUCCAAACACAAGUUAGAGGAACGUCAGCGAGCUGAAGCAAGAGAGAGAAAAGAGAAUGGACUGACUUGGGAAACUAAGUUGUUCCAUGAAGUUGGAGAAAACUGGGUUUAUGACAAACCACUAAUAAAGAGACUACCCAAUCAAAGUCGUCCUAAAAGCAAAUGAUUCCCGGAUGACGGAGCAGUGGCCUGGUGCUUUUUGCCAUUCUCACAUGUCAAACUCGUGCAAAUCACGUGAGAAAAAUAAGUUUACUGAUCUUAGUGUCAGUCCAAAUGAGGCGCCGGCAAACGAACUGAAAUAUAAAGAUGACGAAAAUAAUUUUACAUGUUUACCUUCUAAAAGUAAUCAGUUAACUCCAUCAAUUUCGCCGUUGCUCGAUAGCUAAUGCAGCGAAGGUGUUUGAAGAAGUAAAUAGCUCUUAGGUAGACAAGUAUCUUGUUGCGUCUUAGGUAAGCAAUCAUAGCAAAAUCGACUCCAUUCUUUUCCGCGCAUCAUCACUGACAAACCGGACAUUUUACUACCUGUCUUUAUGUUCGACCACGUUUUGAUCUUUUCUGCAAUAGCUGUUAAAUAUCAGAAGAUUUUAGUAGUCUAACUACAUUUUACAGAAAGACUAGAGCCAGAGGAUUUUAAUCUUUGAUUAUACAGAACACUAUCCUGCAGAGGAGGUACUAAGUCGUUACUAAAUUGACUUUAGUGUUUAUGAUGGUGGCUGAAGAUACAGAUUUAUCCUCGAACGAAAUAUUCAUAUUUAUAUAACGGGGGUUGGGAAAUAUUUCCGGCACGCCUUUAAUGACCGACAGAAAAUGUCAAGACAAUUGUUGAGAAUUAAAAAACGUAGGUAGGUAGAACUUUGAAAAUGGUUUUGUAUAAUUAAGGCUAUCUGAAAUAAAAGUAUUUAUCUUAAGUUUGGUUUA